AUGGUCCGGGUGGCCAUGGCUCCACCCCACCCCUCCCGCUCCCGCUCCUCCUAUGUGGGUGUUUUGGUCGGCACCAGUGUCCAUGUGUCCGUGACUGACCUCCAGCUCACCGAUUAUUCCUCCAACCCCCUCGAAAUCCUCCACUCCCACCACCUGAUUGCUGCCAUGGCCCUCCAUUAUAAUAUGGUGGUCAGCAACCGGUGGUGGCACCUCAACCAUCAUCUGGGGCUCUAUCUCUCCCCUGCUGCGGCCGCCAACGCAGCAACUGUUCAUCCGAUGGAGGACUUCAUGCCCGUGGAGGGCAUUGAGGCGUAUGUGGGUGUGUCGGUGGGCACCAGUGUCCAUGUGUCCCUACAUAUCGCCCCCCGCAUGGAUGAAGAGUCCGUUCCAUUUCCGCUGUUGCUCCUGCCUCCCAUGGCUCCCACGGCAUCACCUCCCUCCAGGUUGAGCUGGCGUGAAGCCGCUCCCUAUCCGAGCCCCUAG